AGGCACAGCGGGAGGUGCCUUCACCUUCACGAGGUCAUUCUCCUUCCGCUCUCUCGUCGCCUCCGGUCGCCGCCCUCCGCCGCAGCUCCUCCGCCACUUCGUUCGCCUUUUCUGUAUCGAUCCAUCUCUUCUCCGUCGCCUACGCUUCUCGGCCUCUGAACCCUAGAGCCGAUCGAUCACGCGCCGAUCGACGUCAAGGAGGUUGUUGAACUCAUGGCUGACUAUCCGAAUUGGUUGAAGUCUAUGUCGAAAUCCUCCACUUCCUCUUCGUCGUCCUCUUCCGGCGCUUCCGCGUUCAGGAAGCCGUUCUCCAUCCUCCGAUCGUUCUCUUACCACACCCAUCGGCGCGCCUCGACGAGGACCCUUGCGAGGCGAUUUGCCGACGAGCCGAAGCGCCCCAAGGUGGUUCUCUACUUCACCUCGCUCCGCAGCAUCCGACGCACCUUCGAGGACUGCUGCGCUGUCCGCGCCAUCCUCCGAGGCUUCCACGUCGCCGUCGACGAGCGCGAUGUUUCCAUGGACGCUUCGUUCCGCCGCGAGCUGCAGGAGUUGCUGGUGAAGGGCCGGCCGUUGGUUUUGCCACAGGUGUUUAUUGGAAGUCGGUGGCUCGGCGGGUCGGAAGAGAUCCGGCAGAUGCACGAGGCUGGGGAGCUGGGGAAAAUGCUCGAAGGAGUCGCCGCUCAGGACCCAGCGUUCGUCUGCGAUGGCUGCGGUGGUAUGCGGUUUGUCCCGUGCUCCAAUUGCCAUGGAAGCCGAAAGGUGUUUGUUGAGGAAGAAGGGAGAAUGAGACGUUGUGAACUCUGCAACGAGAAUGGAUUGGUACGAUGCUCUUACUGCUGUUCAUGAAUUUUUUUAUUUUUUUUGUCAUUGUCAAAGGGAGUAACUUUUACUGGGACUAGAUUUGAAGAUGAUGAAUGAAUUAAAGAACAGAUGAUAGUUGGGGAAAUGUUUUCGCUUUGAUUUAUGUUUGUUGAUCUGGAAGAAGUCAGUUUAUUUGCUUGAGUGGAAUUUUACUCAAUUUAGACGAAUCCGAGAGUGCCUUUUUUAUUUGGAGCUGAUGGUUUCUCAUUGCUAGUGCUGAUUUUGAAAAGAGAAACACUGGUUCUUGUCUCAAAAGUGUGUUGGUGAAAGGAAAGAAAUAAGCUGUUUGUAUAAUCCGAUUGUACAUAUUGGUUUGCAGAUAACAUGCUCGAUUGUUAUUUC